GGGGUUCCCGCCAGGGCCGGGAGCUUCCCGCAGCCAUGGAUGCUCGUCUGCCUGCCUGGGCACUGGUGCUGCUGGGCCCGGUGCUGGUGCUGGCACUGGACCCCUCGCCCACCCCAGGAGCGCGCGAGCAGCUGUGUGGCCAUCACUUCGUGCGGGCGCUGGUGCACGUGUGCGGGGGACCGCGCUGGUCCCCUGAGGCCGGGAGGCCUGCGGCUGGCGGCGACCGUGAGCUGCUGCAGUGGAUGGAGGGACGACAUCUCCUCCAUGGGCUGGUGGCUGAUGGGGACCCCGCCCUGGUACCUGGCCCGCAGCCCCUACCCCAGGCCUCUCACCAUUAUCGCCACCACCGAGCAGCUGCCAUCAACCCUGCACGCCACUGCUGCCUCAGUGGUUGCACCCAACAAUACCUACUGACUCUCUGUCCCCACUGACCUUUCCUUGGGGACAGCCAGGGGAGACCAAGGCCCAGAGGGGCCUGAUCUGGUGAGCUCUUGAGUCCACACAGCACCAUAAAGUCCCACAUCUGGGGGGACUGUUGAUUUCCACCACCUACCCCAAGCCAGUGCCAUCUGUAUACUGUGGAGUCAACUGGGGAAUAAAACACACCCCAACCCUGACUUGAAGGGUCCUUGGUUUUACAAAGAUGCCAGACACUGAGGGCCAAAUGUCCUCACCCUAGAGGAGCCCCAGAUGCUGCCUUCCCUGGAUUGUGACUCCCCUUCCUGCUGUCUUCCCAACAGUCAAUAAAUAAUCUAAGCAGCA